AUGCUCGUACAUCCAACACCACCUAUGCAACCCCGCUUACCACCCAUCCGUCCUCGAACAUUCUCAUCACCGCAACAUCACAAUUACUCUACCUCGAUUUCCGGCCCAAAUCAUAAUCAAUCGAAUCAACUCCAAAUUCAAAACCAACACCAACACCAACACCAACAACAAAACCAACAAUUGACCCAAUUCCACGUACAAUCGCCUCUUGCCCCACCACCACCACCGCCACCACCUUUCUUUCGCAGAACUUCUUCGCUUCGAGAUCCACAACCUAGCGAUAGCAGAUCCCCUUCUCUGAUCGAAUCCGAACAGGACGAAGACGAAUUCAUGGCUCAUCAGACUAGAUCAGUAAGGAGAAAAGUAAGUAGGAAAAAGGAUGAAAAAUUGUGA